ACUUGUUUAAAGCUGAUUGGUUGAACCGGUGGAAAGGCGUCGUUUGAAUUGUCAGCUCGAUGUUGAUGUGCUGAAUGUUCGGUCAGAGCGUUUUACUAAACACUGAGUUCGUGGAAAUUGUUGAACGGGAGUGUCCAUUCAGAAGAACAUCACUCAGACUUUGCUGCAGUCUUUCUUCUGCUCCUGGACUGUGUGUUGGAGACGAUGCGUCACGACACUUCUGCCAGCCGCCGGAAGGGCGCAACACCCCGCCGUCGCUCCCAACAGCCGGCCCCUGGUUCAACUCCCGGGUCCCCAAGAACGAGUGGGCCGUUAGAGAGGCCCCAAAAGGCUCUGAAGAAAAGAAGGUUUCGACCGGGGACCCGCGCUUUGAUGGAGAUCCGCAAGUACCAGAAGAGCACCGACCUCCUGCUCAGGAAGGCCCCCUUCUCUCGCCUGGUUCGUGAGGUGUGCCAGAGCUACGCCGGUGACUAUAUGCGGUGGCAGGUCUACGCUCUGAUGGCUCUGCAGGAGGCUGCAGAGGCGUUUCUCAUCUUGUUGUUCUCGGACGCCAACCUGUGUGCCAUCCACGCCAAGCGGGUCACCCUGUUCCCCCGAGACCUGCAGCUGGCUCGGAGGAUCCGCGGUGUGGACACCAUGUGAGGACCAGGACGCACAUAUUUGCAAUCUGUUGUCACUUCUGAAGCCUUUUACUCGUUUUAAACCGUAGACCUGUCCUGUGUUUUGAAAGGUUGUGUACAUAUUGUUCGUUAUUCAUCGUAUUUGUUAAUAAACUUAAUAAAGUUUUUUUAUAUUACAAA